AUGGAAGACGGAGUCACUCCCGAACCAGAAGACUUGACGGACUGGGCAUUUGCUGCAAACGGAACUGCAUAUGAAAUUGGGUUGAAUGAACGACGAGUGAACAAUCAAGUCAUCAGGAUCCGACAAGGCGCUUCCUUCAGAAUGAAUGAAGCUAAGCAUUCAUUUAAAAAUCUAGAAUUGCACGAACAUCAUGAACCAUGGACCGACGAGGAGCUCGAAUUAGAGGGCGCAUCACCCCAAGAGCUCGUCCUCGUCGUUGGCCACUGCAAGCCCGACAAUUUCAAGGACAGUGAUCCCAACCAUUCGAAGUGGGCUAUCGCACCAAGUGUCGAUGAGUUCGAUGAGCAACAGCAUAAGCAUGUCAGAACAGCAAGUACUGGAUUAGUUGUUUUCUGGCUUGCAGAUACCGAGAGACUUGGUGUGCGGCUACUCACACUCAAAAAAAGGAAUGACUCUCUUGAAUUCAUCACCGGUCGACGCACCGACGCCAAGACGCAAGCUUCUCUGAUCAAAAGGACGAUCAUGCUGGCUGCAAAAGCUGCAAAAGCUCACCUCCAACUUGAUGUGCCGGAGUCAGUCUCCAAUGCCUCAGCAUUGUCACCAAAUGAUCUUAGUGAUCCGCCAAUCGACGCAAAGGACUCAUUAUUAUCUUGGGUCCAGACGGCUAUAGCUGCGUACAAGGAUACUAAAUCCUUUAGUGCACUUGAGCAAAUUCAUUCCGCUGUCCAGUUUGCAAAAGGCUCGCCUGAUACACGGACAUAUUUUAAUGAAACCACGGCCAAUCACCUGGGAGUCAUUCGGCAACUCGGGCAGGGCAGCAUGACUAUGAACGAGGCGACUAGAUUCAUCGAUUCAUACACGAUAUUAUGGCCGGAGUCACUCUCUGGUUUCAGUGAGAGUAUACUCUUACCCGAGAAGAUUAUCCAGCUCAACGAUGGUUUAGCUGCGGGUGCCCUCGAGGACAUUGUCCCUACUUCUCCAAGGAUCGACGACUCGUUGUAUCGUGCAUUCAUUGCACUGUUCUGUGGCGCCAGUUCUGCUGAUAAUGUUGAGGCUUAUUUGAAGCACAACAUUGUCUCGGCAUAUGACAUGGCGAAGAUGGCGGUAGGUUGCCCAUGCAACAACGUCGAGAUAAAUGUUCCCGAAAGAGCCGACAUGCCAGUCUUACUGAUCACCAGGUUCAUGUCUCUGCUCAAGUCGCAAAUGCAGAGUCUUGAUGAUACUGUCAGCGAGCUCCGUGGCGACUGCCAGGGUAACAUACAAGGGGAGUCACUCUCCAUCCGCGAGUUAACCCGCGACCUAGCAAACACCGUCGAUAUUGACAUUGCGAAAGACAAUGUGCGCUGGAUUUUGCAGGGCAUGGCCACUCGGCAUAUUGUCCUCUUAUUGGGACUCCGGAACAAGUGCGCCAGAGAACACGAUCAACUCUCCGGCUUAUUGAAGGACUAUGGAGGAGGUUCCAAUUAG